GAACAUCUCUUUCCCUCCCACUCUUUCUCUAUCCUUUUUCUUUUUUAAAAUCCAUCUCUUUUACUCCCCGAGCUUAAUUUAAUGGUUGCGUGAAGCAAAAGCUUGGAAUAUCGGUGUUUUGUGUUACCAGAAACGAUAAAAGCACCCGAGCUUUGAGUAAACUUCCAGUUUCCUGCUCUGGUUUUUCUCGGAAAAUGGGCAAGAAAGAUCAGUCGACGGAAGAGAAAACGAACCAAAGAGUUCAGACCGUUCUUCAACUCGUUAAGAAACAGUCCCCAUUAACACCCAAACAGGAGAAAUUCUGCAGUAAUGGUUGCGUCGAGAGGUUUCUAAGAGCCAAAGGUGAUAAUGUGAAGAAAGCUGCUAAGCAUUUACGUGCUUGUCUUGCUUGGAGAGAGAGUAUCGGCACUGAAAAUUUGAUAGCAGAUGAGUUCUCGACGGAGAUAGCUGAGGGAGUUGCAUAUACAGCCGGGCAUGAUGAAGAGUCCAGGCCUGUCAUGGUCUUGAGGAUGAAACAAGAUUACCAAAAGUUCCACUCUCAAAAGAUAUUUACUCGUCUACUAGUUUUCACAUUGGAAGUUGCCAUAUCUACCAUGCCCAAAAACAUCGAACAAUUCAUUCUACUCUUUGAUGCAAGCUUUUUCAGAUCGGCAGCUGCUUUCAUGAACCUGUUGCUGGCUGCAUUGAAAAUUGUGGGCGAGUACUACCCCGGACGGCUUUACAAGGCUUUUGUCAUCGACCCUCCUUCCUUGUUUUCGUAUCUUUGGAAGGGUGUUCGUCCAUUUUUGGAGUUAUCGACGGCUACGAUGGUGGUUUCAUCUCUAAACUACGAGGAAUCACUGGAGUUUAACGAUUUCACGGCAUACCCGAGAGCAUCAUCUCUGCGGUUCGAUCCACCGUCGAUCAAAUCCACGGCCAAGAUCGGCUCUUGCUCGUCGUCCCGUUUCUCCUUCACCGUGUCCCACCAUUACGACUCCCUCAAACCCUGGUACCUCACCUUAACGUCCGACACGUCAUCGUCCAAAGUCGGCCCCACUGCCAGCCCCUUCCCGCUGGGCCCGGCUUUGAUCUCGCCGCUCAACGCCCGGUCACUCUCGUUCGCAUCUCCGGCCUCCGUGACGUCGCGCGGCAACAUCAGCAUGAGGAAGAGCCUGUUCCCGUCCACACCCUUGCCGCAGCGUAGCAAAGCCUUCGAGCCCGUCAAGGUCGCACUUCCGCGGACCCCACGGCCGUCUUUCCUGCAAUCUCCGGCGAUGUUCUUUCGACGGGAAGUCCACGUCAGCGGCAAGGCGGAAAGGUCUCGAGAAUCGUUCUUGCCGUUUUUGAAAUUCUACCGGAGGCCGUACGAUGAGAUGAUUUAUCGGUCGAUGAUGAGGCCACCGUUAGGUGGCUUGAUCUCCAUCGUUAAACGUCGCCACAUGUCCGUAUCUCAACGGUUCUAGACCAAAAGGGAAAAGCAGAAGAGUGCAUAGUGCUAGUAUAGUGUUUUAAAUAACACUACUAAAUUACUAAUAAUUCGAUUAAUUAUUUGUUUACUUUAUGUUUAUUGUUAAU